AGGUUGGGGGCCUGCUCAGUAAAUAAAGCCGCCUUCCUUUCGGCUGCGAGGCUUUGCUUUUUUUUUAACUUCCCGGUGACAUUAGGGUUGAAGGGUUUCCCGCCGGAGACAUGAGGUGGGACAGCCGGAAGGCGGAAGUCCUAGGGCGGAAGUGGCCCAGAGGAACGGAGAAUGGCGGCUGAAGGCUGGAUUUGGCGCUGGGGCUGGGGCCGGCGGUGCCCGGGGAGGCCUGGGCUUCCCGGCCCCGGCCCUGGCCCCGCUACACCUCUACUUCUCCUCCUGUUGCUGGGGCCGGUUGUUGCGGAUAUAACUGACGGCAACAGUGAACACCUCAAGCGGGAGCAUUCGCUUAUCAAACCCUACCAAGGGGUCGGUUCCAGCUCCAUGCCCCUCUGGGACUUCCAAGGCAGCACUAUACUCACGAGCCAGUACGUGCGUUUGACCCCUGAUGAGCGCAGCAAAGAGGGCUCUAUCUGGAACCACCAGCCCUGCUUCCUCAAGGACUGGGAGAUGCAUGUCCACUUUAAAGUCCAUGGUGCUGGAAAGAAGAAUCUCCAUGGAGAUGGCAUUGCCUUGUGGUACACCCGGGACCGCCUUGUGCCAGGGCCUGUGUUUGGGAGCAAAGACAACUUCCACGGCUUAGCCAUCUUCUUGGACACAUAUCCCAACGAUGAGACCACAGAGCGUGUGUUCCCGUACAUCUCGGUGAUGGUGAACAAUGGCUCCCUGUCCUACGACCAUAGCAAAGAUGGCCGCUGGACCGAGCUGGCGGGCUGCACGGCCGACUUCCGGAACCGCGAUCAUGAUACCUUCCUCGCUGUGCGCUACUCCCGGGGCCGUCUGACGGUGAUGACUGACCUAGAGGACAAGAAUGAGUGGAAAAACUGCAUCGACAUCACGGGAGUGCGCCUGCCCACGGGCUACUACUUCGGAGCCUCGGCUGGCACGGGAGACCUAUCUGACAAUCAUGACAUCAUCUCCAUGAAGCUAUUCCAGCUGAUGGUAGAACACACUCCUGAUGAAGAGAACAUCGACUGGACCAAGAUUGAGCCCAGCGUUAAUUUCCUCAAGUCACCCAAAGAUAACGUGGAUGACCCGACCGGCAACUUCCGCAGCGGGCCGCUGACGGGGUGGCGGGUGUUCCUGCUGCUGCUCUGUGCGCUGCUGGGGAUCAUCGUGUGCGCCGUGGUUGGGGCUGUGGUGUUUCAGAAGCGGCAGGAGCGGAACAAACGCUUCUACUGAGUGGCCGGUGCUCUGCUCCGGGGAAGGGCCUAGUUUUGGGCCCCAGCACUAAUGUGAACUUUUUUUUUACUGGGAUUGUAAAAGAAAAAUAAGACGACCUUAUUUCUUAACUGUUUCAAAGAAAUGAUUAAAAGUAUUUUCGUACAUUUUGCUUCUUGCCCAGCAAGGACAGGCUGCAGGGCUAGGGAAUAGGGUUUGGCACCCCCACAGCUGGGGACAGAGGUCCUCGCCCGUUGCCAGCAUCUCAGGAGCAGGAAGGAAGCUGUGCCUGGAGCUGGGCCCUGGCAGGCUCUUGAACACUGGAGGGCCCCUCAACCACAUUAGGGUGGGUGCCUGAGGACAUGAGCAGUGAUUUUGUUCUCUGCAGGGUGUGUUGGUGGAAGAGGAGGCUGACUGGGGAACCUGGGCCUUCCCAGUUGCCCUCUGAGCUGCUUCCCAAGGCAGACCCUUGAGUGAGGCUGGAGGAGCAAUCUGGUAGGGCUCAGAGGGUGACCAUUGGCUAAAUAAAGUGAAACAACCAACUUCAGCUGUGU